GAUGCCACAAGCACGGUCUCCAGAACCUCUACUGUCAGCUAGCUGUGUUCUCUCUGCUAGGGAGUCAACACUGAAUCUGACCAUUAGACCUCUCUAAGGCAGCUUGUGAUCUUUUCACUGCACUGGCAUUUGCCACUAGCCUUUUGGAGCAUCUUUAGCAACCAUGAUCAUCACCAUAUCUUUGAUUUGGGCAGUGGUGAUUGGCUUUUGCUGCUGUCUGUGGCUUGCUCUGGGGAUCCGCAAGAGACAACCAGGUGAGCCUCCAGUGGAGAAUGGUUUGAUCCCGUACCUCGGCUGUGCCCUCCAGUUUGGAGCCAACCCCCUGGAGUUUCUCCGGAGCCGACAGAAGAAAUAUGGCCACAUCUUCACUUGCAAGAUCGCUGGCAAAUACUUUCACUUCCUGUGUGACCCUUUCUCCUACCAUGCCGUCAUCCGCCAAGGCAGGCAUCUGGACUGGAAGAAGUUCCACUUCUCUACCUCGGUCAAGGCGUUCGGCCAUGACAGCAUGGACCCCAGACACGGCUACACCACAGAGAACCUCCACCAGACCUUCUUGAAGACCCUGCAGGGCGAAGCCCUCCCCUCACUCAUUGAGACCAUGAUGGAGAACCUACAGUCGGUCAUGCUGCAGUCCGACACCCUCAGCCCCAGCAAGGACCGCUGGGACGUGGACGGCAUCUUCGCCUUCUGCUACAAGGUCAUGUUCGAGUCCGGCUACCUGACGCUCUUCGGCAAGGAUCUGGGCAAUGACAAGAAUGCUGCGCGCCAGGAGGCCCAGAAGGCUUUGGUGCUCAAUGCUCUGGCGAACUUCAAGGAGUUCGACAAGAUCUUCCCGGCUCUGGUGGCCGGCUUGCCCAUCCACGUGUUCAAGAGCGCCCACUCUGCCAGGGAGAACCUGGCUAAGACCAUGCUGGCCGAGAACUUGAGCAAACGCGAGAACGUAUCAGACCUGAUCUCGUUGCGCAUGCUUCUAAAUGACACGCUGUCCACCUUCAACGACCUGAGCAAGGCCCGCACCCAUGUGGCUCUGCUGUGGGCCUCGCAGGCCAACACACUUCCUGCUACUUUCUGGAGCCUGCUCUACAUGAUCAGGAGUCCAGAGGCUAUGAAGGCAGCCAAUGAGGAGGUGAAGAAGAUUCUGGAGAGUUCAGGUCAGCGUGUCGACCCUAGCAAACCACAACUCACUCUCUCCCGGGAGGACCUGGACAACAUGCCUGUAAUAGACAGCAUCAUCAAAGAGGCCAUGCGACUGUCAAGUGCGUCAAUGAACGUCCGAGUGGCUAAAGAGGACUUCCUGCUUCACCUUGACAACCAGGAGUCGUACCGCAUCCGCAAAGAUGACGUCAUCGCCCUCUACCCUCAGAUGCUCCACUUUGACCCCGAAAUUUACGAGGACCCCUUGACCUACAAAUACGACAGAUAUCUGGAUGACAGCGGCCAAGAGAAGACAACGUUCUACAGGGAGGGGCGCAAACUGCGGUACUAUUACAUGCCUUUCGGCUCAGGGGUGACAAAGUGCCCUGGGCGCUUCUUUGCAGUGCACGAGAUCAAGCAGUUCCUAGCGCUGGUGCUCUCCUACUUCGACAUGGAGCUCCUAGACUCAGCCGUUAAAGUGCCUCCUCUCGACCAAUCACGUGCAGGCCUGGGGAUCCUGCAGCCCACCUAUGAUAUUGACUUUAGAUACAAACUGAAAACUCAGUAAGACAGACUCCACUGAUCUACUUUCUCCAUAAUGUGAAUUGUAUAUAUUGGAUAUUUAAGAAUUUAAGCCACAAUGAUCCCACUGGGCACACACUGGUUGAAUCAACAUUGUUUAAAUUUCAAUGAAAUGACAUGGAACCAAUGUGGAAUAGACGUUGAAUUGAUGUCGGUGCCCAGUGGGAUGUAAAUACACUGCGAUGUAUUGUUAUAAUGUAUUUUUUAAGUUGAUACAGAGGGGUUUGUCUUAGCCUCACAAAGGUAGCAUUGGUGCCACAGUCCCAUUUCAAAAGUGACAUUAAUGGAACUCCAUAUAAAAUGUUAUCAGUAAUAUUUACUGAAUCUUCCACGUAAGCAUCAUUACUGUAUCACGAUUGCCAACCUCAAUCUUUGAACUGUGAAAUCAUUCAACAUUUCAGUUGUGCUUCUGUUUGUGACCUUCACAAUCAGUAGUUGGUAAUUACCCCUAUUUACUGUGUUGUUGAAUGGCUCUAACUGCACUGAUUGAGUAGUGUAAUGUACAUUCUAGUUCCAUUGACGUAUUCCCAAUGCUGGGAUAAAAUGAUUGUAUUAUCUGUAUUCAUGUUUACUUUGAUAUACUGUACAAAACAAGUAUAAAAACACAUGUGAUGUUUACUUUACAAAAGCAGUAUAAAAUCAAUACAUUUGUACAACGGUG